GGCCCGGGUGGGGUCCGAGGCAGGGUCUGUGGUCCAGGAUCUGGUCUGCGGCGAGUCCCCGCCCGGCGGGCCCGGACUUUCCUCCCGGAGUUUCCCGAGCCGCCCGCGGAGACGGCCCAGCCCCGCUGGAUUCCUCCAGGACCGGCGCGCCGCAAAAAUAGCCUUUGGCCGGAUUAACACGUCCGGCGGCCUGAGGACAGCUCGGCUCCAACCGCCGCCCAACAGCUGAGGGACCCAGGCAGCGGGAGGGCUCGAAGUCCAGGGGUCCCCAGACUUUUCUGGACACCCUUCACACUUCCCUUCCGGCCGGCCGCGGCUGUCGGUGUCUCCCAGUUGAAACUCCAGCUCAGAGGGUGGAACUUUCCGGGACUGACCAAAGAUGGGAAUAAUAUCUGUAGUAAGAACAGCUGCCACUCAAGCGUGGGGAACCUGACCUACCUUCGGCUUCAGCCCCUCAUUUGCCAACACUGAACGGGGUGCCAGGAGCUCCUUCAAAGACCCCAGCCCAGGCCAUGAGCAGCAGGCCAUGCGUGAGCCUUCAGCCACUGCCCAGUGCCUUGGAGAAGGCCCUUUCCCUUGGUGGGGUGACAGCAAGACCCCAGCGCUCAGGGCAGAGGUGGGAGGCUGUCUGUCUGUAUUGCUGGGGGCAUGUCUGUGGGGUAGGAGAGCCCCCACUUAGGCCAGGCCUUGGCCCAAAUGGUCCAAACCAGAAGGGUUUCCUUCGUCUGGGUGUGCAGCUCUGAGUUGUGAGCCUGUCUAGGUGGGUGGGGCCUGGAUCUGGAGGCCCCAGCCCCAUGCUGGGAACCCACUCACCCCCCACCUUGGGACUUCCUGGCAGAGACAAGAUUCAAGGAUGAAACUGGCUUUUCAGGUUUGGCCCAGCUGGAUGCUGAAGCCAGGAGAGUCCCUGCUGAGAUCGCCCCACCCCCAUGGAGCCAUCUCCAGCCCCCUUGCCCCCGACCCUGAAUUGUGUGCAGCGGGGGGUCCAAGCACCUAGCUGUGGCUGAACAGGCUCCCUGAGCCAGAACCCCUUUCACCACAAACAUUCUGGGUGUACUGGGUCCCCUGAGAAUGGGGUUGGGGCAAGGGGGAGGGCACAGGAAUUGCUGGCUCCAGACUGAAGGCGCUGGCCUGGGCCCCUUCCAACCUCUUCACCAGCCGACUGGCCACCUCCCCCCACCACUGCCGAGACAGGCAGACCAAAGGCCAAAGAGCUGCUACAUGACCCAGCUUCAUUUCCAGGCACAACUCCCCACCCUGGGAAGCAUGCAUCUGGGGGGGCUCAGUUCAGGCACAGCCCCCAGGCUGCCUCCUGCCUUUCAGGGACUACCUUGGGCCUUCUGCCUGUAUCUUCCCAGCCCCAGUGGCUCCUCAGGGGCCUCUCAGUUGCUCCUGUGGGGCCUCAGCCCCCUCCCUGAGAUGUGAGGACCCCCCCCCCAGUGCUGGCUCCAGUUACCCACCCUGCCCCCACCCUCAUAUCAGUGACAGAAGUGACUCUUGGCCCAGGAUCGAAUUCCUUGGCUGGAGACCCCUCUGUUUCCUGGGCUGGGUCUGUUUGGGGGCAGCUCCCUCCUCCCUCAACUGAGAUGCCCCCAGUGGGAGGUGGAGGAGUGGGGGCCUCGGGGACCUGGCAGCCCCCCACAGCCCUGAGGCUGAGGAGCCUAGGUGGUCUGGCCUUUUCCUGGGGUCUUUGGCCAGGGCUCGCAGUGCCAGCAGGCUGGGUCCCAUCCACCUCCAACCCCUGGUCGGAUAUGGCAUGAGGCUUUUAACCCACUUUAGGUUCUGUGACCUGUUUUCCUUCAGGGUCUGUGACAGUUCAGUGGGGUCAGGCAGGGUCAGGACUGAGGCAGGUAUGGUGACUCUGUCCCCCUAAGUUCUCAUUUCUGGCUCUGCCUGAUGUAGGGGCCACACCAGGAGAGAGCCUGUAUGGGGUCAGUCAGAGGCCUUUCUGGGCCAUUGUGUUGGAGUGCAGCCUCUCCCCUUUCCAGCCUGGGGGGCUUUUCACUUAACUCCUGGGGCCUGGCCAUACUCCAGACUGGGGACCCAAAGUGUCCAUCUCAGAGGGCAGGAUACCCUGAAUCUGCUCUCACUAAAUUCUAGCUCUACCCCCUUGCAGGCUGUGUGGCCUGGACAGGUCCCUUAGCCUCUCUGAACCCCCGGGUUAAGCCUGUGUGAGGCCAUCGAGUCAGGAACUUCCAUCCUGGCUCUCUGAGUCCCCAGGCCUCAUGUGUGGGGUGGGCAGUGGGCCAUGGGCCGUGUCCCCCGCUACCUCCGGAUAGUGCUCCCUCUCUGCCCCUGUGCAUUGUCCUGUGGGCUGCUGGCUGGGCCCCUGCGCAAAACCACGUUUCCUCCUCGGAAAAGCAGAAGCGACUGUAUCUCAGGGUCCCUGGAACAUUUGAGGGGUGUCUUGUGUUUACAAGGAAACUCUGGUGGCAUAGUGGUUAAGAGCUUGACUGCUAACCAAAAGGUCAGUAGUUCGAAUCCACCAGGCACUCCUUGAAAACCCUAUGGGACAAUUCUGCUCUGUCUUAUAGGGUUGCUGUGAGUUGGAAUUAAUGGCAAUGGGUUUGUUUUUUUUUAUGGUUUGUAUUUGCAAAGGGCCUGGCAAAUGUUAUUUCCCCACACAAUGCUGUUUACAGAUGAGGAAACUGAGUCAUAGAGAGGCCAGGUGCCUUUCCUUGGCCACAUAGCAACACAUGUGUAGAAGGACUGGGUUCUAAGCUGCUGGCCAGCUGGUGGCCCCCACCCCAAGGGGAAGCAAGGGUUGAAGAUCAGAUUAGUUGUCAGGCAGAAGUCAAGAUCAGAGGCUGGGGUGCAGGCGGGGAGGCCAGAGGAGAUAGGCCCUCUUGGGACAGCUCAGGUGAUCUAAGGACACGUUUGGACAGGUGUCCCAGGGUGGGGCCAUUGCUCCAGCUGACCUUGGCGGCACAGUGGACAGUCCCUUGGGUGGGGGAGUGCCUGGGUCUGGUGGGUUUGGCCCUCGGCCAUCCACUCUGUUUCCAACCACACUUGUCUGCCUUGUCCUGUGGGUGUGUGUGUCGGGGAGGGGGGAUGCAGGCCGGAGUCCUGUGUCCGUGGCUCACACCUAAGGGUGGGUAGGGGCAGAAUUUGUCCACCCCUGACCCCUCCUGCCUGUCAGCUGCAUGAGAAGGUGAAAGAUCCUGUUCCCAGCACCCCCCAUGGACUCUGCUCGCUCCUCAUACCUGUCACCCUGGCCACCACCUCUCUUUGGGCCCACAGUCAGCUCCAGCCCUUCUGUGGUUGAUUCACUGAGUUGUGGGCGCCUACCGUGUGUCGGCUCCGACAUGGCCCCUGGCUCUCAGUAGAGAACCCUGAGGGUGCCUGCACCAGUGGUGGGGUUGGGCAUCACUGCACUGGCUCCUCCUCCACCCACGCUAGGGCCAGCCUGAAUGAUUCCCAGUCCCUGUCCCAGUCCACAGACCUGAGUCAUUGGGACCGUCUCCUUGCCCCCAGGCCCUGCCUCCUAUGGCUGCAGCAGCCCCCUUUCUGAGUGAGUCUGUGGGGCUUCGACAUGCAGGGCUGACCCUCUUGCUCAAAGCCUUGAGCCGCAGUGGCCCCUGUGGCCCCCGGGACUGGAUCCUUGUCCCUGUGCCCGUACUCCUCCUGAGCCGCUUGGAGCCCUGGGUGCCCACAGUUUUGUGCCUUCUGGUGGACUAGGCCCCACGUUAGCAUUUGCUUCCUAUGUGGUUCUCACCUUUGCAAGCCCUCUGAGGUGUCCCAUGGGCUGGGUUGGGCACAAGGGUGGCUGUGAGCUGUGUGACCUUGCACUGAUGGGUCAGCAGCCCAAGCUGUAUUGAUGCGGUUGGAAUUCCCCAGGAGGGGCUGCUUGGAACAAGAACCCACUGUACAGCUGCGGCGGGGGGGAGGCAGACACUGAGCCCACUGUCUCCUCUGGCUCAGCACCCUUCCUGCCCAACCCUUUGUUCAGCCUGGUCCUGCCCCCUCAACAGCCCUCUGAACCACUGUGGACCCCUGCCUCCAUGAAUCCCAUUCACUUGAGGUCCAGAUGGGGAGCUGGGCACACAGGGGUGGGGCCAGCCUGUCCCUGCAAACCCUCUUGCCACCACCCCAGUACAGAGCGGGAGUGAGGAGGAAGGAUGAGGGGCGGGGAUGCAGGCAGGAGGCCCUGGCCUCAGGGCUGCGCUGGACAUCCCCUGCAGCCCAAGUCCCUCCCUGUGCUUUUACAGAUCCUGCCUCCUCAUUCAUGCCACUCAGCUCUUUCCAGAGCCCCCUCCACCGAGCCUUCUAGAAUCGGGGGUCGGCCCCUGUUGUGUGCAGGGGUGCGGCAGGGAAAGGCCCCAUGAUAAAGGAGGGGUGAGUGAGGAAAGCCCGUGCGGGUGCGUGUGUGUGUGUGGAGGUGUGAGGGGUCCAGUAGCAAAGGAUCCUCAAAGUCCUAUGUGGAAAGCAUACUGGACAAAGGUGGAGAGAGGCUCCUGGAAGGGUGGCCGCCCUGCUCAUCUGCGAAUCCCAGCGGUGGCCCCUCUUCCCUUCUGCACUGGCCCCUUUUUAGGCUGAGUCAUGUGGUGGUUGGUGGUGGGCACAAAGUCUGUGGGCUCAGGGGGCAGCGAAGGCCCUGCCCGCCAGCCUCAGGCACACUGUAGACAGCAUAGCCCCCUGAAUUGCUAAGGAGGUGCGCAUCCUGUCCAGUGCCUGGUGCUAACCUAUGAGGCCCCACGGGGCCAUGCAUGGCCUUGGGGGCCUGGAUGAGGGAGCACCGCACCGGCCUCCUGAAGCCACUGGUGUCCUGUGCAGGGAUGAGGUGCCCAGGAUGCCUGGGCACCGUGGACAGGCAGCCUGGCUGGGUGAAAGGAUCCCUCUGAGUCUUGGUUUCCAGGUGGGUGGGGGGUGGUGCGGCCCUCGAGCUGCCUUUCUGCCGUCGCUGGGCACGUGGCGCCCCCUGGUGUUAGCGGCGGGGUCUGCGCCCUGGUGGCUUCCACUGAGCAGAGUGGUGCCUCCACCUGCUGCUUCUUGAUCUGGAAGGGCAUGUCCCUUGGCAUUCACGCCAGUCUGUCUGCAUGUGGCUAUUGAUCUGUGAUAUGGAGCAACAGCAUCCUGUACAAUGCACCCGCACCCCGUGUAGCGUGUUGGGCGCUAGUGGUCCCAUCUCAGGCGGGGCCUUGAGCAGCACACCCCAGGCUGUCUGUGUCCCCCAGCCUGGGUCCUCAUCACCUUCUUGAGCCUUUGCUCAGGUAUCACCUCUCAGGGUGGCCUUGCUGUCCCCAGCCCACUGUUGUGCCGUUCAGCACCGACUUAGCAGUUUGCCUCUGGUCUGGAACCUAAGCUUAGGAAUGCAGGAUUCUUGUCUGUUUUUCCUUAUUUCUCCACUGCUGUGUUGCAAGCACUAGGAACAAGCCUUGAUUCAUAGCAGGUGCUCAGAUAUUGGCCAUGUGAAUCCACAUUGUCUUGGACCUAGUGGUGCCAGAAAGGCCUGUGGGGGAGCAUGGCAACACAGAACUGUGGCUGGGCCCCAUGGGGCUCCCAUACCCAUGCCAAAUCCUUGCAGGCAUCCUCCCUUCCCACCUCCCCAGGGAUAGGCCCAAGUGUCAGUGGUCAGAGGUCGGCUCCAUGGUCAUUACUGAGCCACACCCUGUGCCCCCAGGCCUGCCACGCCCUAGCUAAUCUGAACCAUGAGUGAGGUUCGCAGGGACAGCACAAGCAGCCUGCAGCGCAAGAAGCCGCCCUGGCUGAAGCUGGACAUUCCAGCUGCAGCACCCCCAGCCACAGAGGAGUCCAGCUACCUGCAGCCCCUGAGGCGCCAGGUUUUCCUUCGGAGUGUGAGCAUGCCAGCCGAGACCGUCCGCGUGCCUUCGCCCCACCCUGAGCUCCGGAGACCUGUGCUGCAGCGCCAGACGUCCAUCACGCAGACCAUCCGCAGGGGCACUGCUGACUGGUUUGGAGUGAGCAAGGACAGUGACAGUACCCAGAAGUGGCAGCGCAAGAGCAUCCGCCACUGCAGCCAGCGCUAUGGGAAGCUGAAGCCCCAGGUCAUCCGGGAGCUGGACUUGCCCAGCCAGGACAACAUCUCACUGACCAGCACCGAGACACCACCCCCACUGUACGUGGGGCCGUGCCAGCUGGGCAUGCAGAAGAUCAUUGACCCCCUGGCCAGGGGCAGGGCUUUCCGAUUGGUGGAUGACACCUCUGAUGGCCUGAGCGCCCCGCACACACCCAUCACGCCUGGCGCCACCUCCCUCUGCUCCUUCUCCAGCUCCCGCUCGGGCUUCAACCGGCUCCCCCGGCGGCGGAAGCGAGAGUCGGUGGCCAAGAUGAGCUUCCGGGCAGCUGCGGCACUGGUGAAGGGCCGCUCGGUGCGGGAUGGCGUGGGGCGCAGGGCACAUCGCUGCAGCUUCACUCCCGCCAGUUUCCUGGAGGAGGACACGGCUGACUUCCCUGACGAGCUGGACACGUCCUUCUUUGCCCGGGAAGGAGUCCUCCACGAGGAGCUGUCCACCUACCCAGAUGAAGUGUUUGAGACCCCAUCGGAGGCGGCGCUCAAGGACUGGGAGAAGGCCCCGGAGCAGGCGGACCUCACGGGCGGGGCUCUGGAGCGCAGUGAGCUGGAGCGCAGCCACCUGAUGCUGCCUCUGGAGCGUGGGUGGCGAAAGCAGAAGGAGGGCGGCACGGUGGCCACGCAGCCCAAGGUGCGGCUGCGGCAGGAGGUGGUGAGCGCAGUAGGGCCGCGGCGGGGCCAGCGCAUCGCAGUGCCAGUGCGCAAGCUCUUCGCCCGAGAGAAGCGUCCUUACGGACUGGGAAUGGUGGGCCGGCUCACCAACCGCACCUAUCGUAAGCGCAUCGACAGCUACGUCAAGCGGCAGAUCGAGGACAUGGACGACCACAGGCCCUUCUUCACCUACUGGCUCACCUUUGUGCACUCGCUUGUCACCAUCCUGGCGGUCUGCACUUACGGCAUCGCUCCAGUGGGCUUCUCGCAGCAUGAGACGGUGGACUCGGUGCUGCGGAAUCGCGGCGUCUAUGAAAACGUCAAGUACGUGCAGCAGGAGAACUUCUGGAUCGGGCCCAGCUCGGUGAGGGCUGCGGGCCAGGAGGCCCUCAUCCACCUGGGCGCCAAGUUCUCACCCUGCAUGCGACAGGACCCGCAGGUGCACAGCUUCAUCCGCGCGGCUCGCGAGCGCGAGAAGCACUCCGCCUGCUGCGUGCGCAACGACCGCUCUGGCUGUGUGCAGACCUCCGAGGAAGAGUGCUCGUCCACACUGGCACUUUGGGUUAAGUGGCCCAUCCAUCCCAGCGCCCCAGAGCUCGCUGGCCACAAGAGGCAGUUUGGCUCUGUCUGCCACCAGGACCCCAGGGUGUGUGAUGAGCCUUCCUCUGAGGACCCCCAUGAGUGGCCUGAUGACAUCACCAAGUGGCCGAUCUGCACCAAAAACAGCGCCGGGAACCACACCAACCAUCCCCACAUGGACUGUGCCAUCACAGGUCGGCCCUGCUGCAUCGGCACCAAGGGCAGGUGUGAGAUCACCUCCCGGGAGUACUGUGACUUCAUGAGGGGCUACUUUCACGAGGAGGCCACACUUUGCUCUCAGGUGCACUGCAUGGAUGAUGUGUGCGGGCUCCUGCCCUUCCUCAACCCUGAGGUGCCCGACCAGUUCUACCGCCUGUGGUUGUCCCUCUUCUUGCACGCAGGGAUCCUGCACUGCCUGGUGUCCGUCUGCUUCCAGAUGACCAUCCUGCGGGACUUGGAGAAGCUUGCCGGUUGGCACCGCAUCUCCAUCAUCUACCUGCUGAGUGGCAUCACUGGCAACCUGGCCAGUGCCAUCUUCUUGCCUUACCGUGCAGAGGUGGGCCCGGCUGGGUCGCAGUUUGGCAUUCUGGCCUGCCUCUUUGUGGAGCUGUUCCAGAGCUGGCAGAUCCUGGCGAGUCCGUGGCGUGCUUUCUUCAAGCUGCUGGCUGUGGUACUCUUCCUCUUCACCUUUGGGCUGCUGCCUUGGAUCGACAACUUUGCCCACAUCUCUGGCUUUGUCAGUGGCCUCUUCCUCUCCUUUGCCUUCCUGCCAUACAUCAGCUUUGGCAAGUUUGACCUGUACCGCAAGCGCUGCCAGAUCAUCAUCUUCCAGGCCGUGUUCCUGGGGUUGCUCGGCAGCCUGGUGGUCCUCUUCUACUUCUACCCUGUACGUUGUGAGUGGUGUGAGUUCCUCACCUGUAUCCCCUUCACUGACAAGUUCUGUGAGAAGUACGAGCUAGAUACGCAGCUGCACUGAGCUAGGCCCGAGGGGUGGGGGCUGCAGCCAUGCUCCAGCAGGCCUGGAGCCCGGUGCCAAGCCUGCCUCUGCCCUUGCUGGCUGGCCAGAUCAUGUUUCUGAACACAGACCUCUGUGCCUUGUUCACUUCUGUUGAACCUCUCAUGUCACCAUGUUUGUUACACUAAUGCCCAUAAUCACCUUCUAACUAGUCUCUUUUGACAACCACCUCACGCGGCCAGUAAACGAAUGGGAGCGUUUUAGCUGCCGUUACCUUAA